AAAAAAAAAAAAAGUAUAAGAUUAUUUAAGUGUCAACAGUCACACGCACAACACAAGGUGGAGAUGGAGAAGAGGGAGAGGCAUUUUGUGCUGGUUCACGGAGCCUGUCAUGGAGCAUGGAAUUGGUACAAAGUGCUAACCCUGCUGAAAUCAGCUGGUCAUAAAGUAACAGCCUUGGACCUAGCUGCGAGCGGGAUUCACCCAAAGCAAGCACAUGAGCUCAGAUCACUAUCAGAUUACCUUGAGCCUUUGAUGGAAUUCAUGGCAUCUCUUCCAGCAGAGGAAAGAGUGAUCCUUGUGGGCCACAGCUUCGGUGGAGUCUGUAACGCUGUUGCCAUGGAAAAGUUCCCUGAGAAAAUUUCUGUUGCAGUAUAUGCUACCGCCCUUAUGCCUGGUCCUGACCUCAGUUUCCUUGCAUUAAACGAACAGAAAUUUCAAAGGUUGGAUCCUCUCAAGGACGCGCAAUUCACAUUUGAUCAAGGGCCCAACAACCCACCUACCUCAUUGCUAUUUGGGUACAAUUUCAUGGCAACCAAGUUAUACCAACUCUCCCCACCUGAGGAUUUGACACUUGCCAUGUCAUUGGUGAGACCUUUUCGUCUUUAUGGUGAUGAUGCAUUAUUGUUAAAAGAAUCAAAACUCACUAAGGAAAAAUAUGGGUCUAUUCGUAGAGUUUAUAUUGUGUGUGACCAAGACAAUAUUAUAAAGGAGGAUUUUCAAAGGUGGAUGAUUGAGAAUAAUCCAGCAGAUGAAGUGAAGGUGAUAACUGGUUCCGAUCACAUGGUCAUGUUUUCUAAACCGAAGGAGCUGAGCUCAUGUCUCCAAGAGAUUGCGGAGAAAUAUUCUUAAAUUCUUUAUCUAUGCCAUUUGCGUGUUGGACUUUGGAAUAUAUAUUUUUCACGAUAUAUUUGAUGUAAUGUGGGUAAAAUCUGCUACACUGUGUGUGUAAUAAUUAUAACCCAUACUAUAUAUUUUUUCUAAAAAGACAUAAUGAAAGUAUUGCGAAUGCACAAUAACAUAUAAUAGGAAA